AUGGGUUCCAGAAAGUCAACACUGGUCAAGAGAAGACUAGCCAAGGCAUUUAGAAUGAAUCAGGCCGUUCCUGCUUGGAAGAGAGAGACGCUCUCGCCAAGAGACGGAUACAACUUUAAGCGAAGAAAUUGGAGAUCCACAAAGUUGAAGAUUUAUUAA